AUGAACGACCCAGGAUUAGAAGAUAAAAUUCAAGACACGGCGACACAUGUAACACAAGACCUGAGGGACAGGGCUGGCAGCAACAGCAGCCGCGAACCGCAGGCAGGAGAUGCGCACACCAAAUCUGCAGGAGAUGCAUUUCGUGAAGAGUUGCAGGUAGAUGACGAGGAGGAGGAAAUCGGGUACUUCGCGCCUCAACGGUGGUGGUUCACUUCAACAGCAUUUCCCCUUGUGGCAGGGACGUUUGGCCCACUCGCAAACUUGUUCUCAGUCUGUGCAUUGGUACAAACAUGGCGAGUUGAGAUAUCGGGUGGAGAAUCAGAAACACAAGGUCAACGGAUCUCGGAUCCACAUUGGUUAAUAGGUUUGAAUGCAGCGUCGCUCAUUCUCGCUCUACUUGCAAACGUUCUCCUGCUGUUCAAUUUCGCACAUCGAGUUCGGUACAUUAUCGCUCAGCCACUCACUAUUUCGUUAUGGUAUCUGUCAUCGCUACUCCUGAUUAUCCCGCUUGCCCUUGCUCCAUCUAUCACGCCACCCUCGAACGUCUCCCAACAUGCGCUCUCACAGUCCUACUACUAUGCCCUGCUAUCCGCGAUCCUCUAUGGAAUUCUAUCAACUCUGCUUCUUCUCCACUUCAUAUUCUCAUUACCACCCUUCUCUGCAUAUCCCGCCUCCUUCGCAACCCUCACAAUUCCUCAGCGAACACUUAUGCUGCAAACAAUAUCAUUCACACUUUAUCUCGCUCUCGGCGCAGGUAUAUUCUCUGCCCUUGAGGGUUGGGAAUUCUGCGACGGCGUAUAUUGGGCUGAUUAUACACUCUUGACCAUCGGUCUUGGAUCGGAUUUUCCCUUGCAGACUUCUGCUGGGAGAGGCGUUCUCAUCCCAUACACAGGUGGAGGUAUUCUCCUAAUUGGUAUCGUUAUAGGCAGUGUUCGAGGUUUGGUACUCGAACGCGGCGGAGUCAAAAUGUUGCAUAGACAGUUGGUGAAGGAGCGAGAUCGCGGGAUUAAGAAGGUCAAAAAAAGAUUGGGGAUGGAAACUCGUGGUGAUUCAGAUGAAGCUUUGAAGACUGAGUUCGACGCGAUGAGACAAGUGUUAAGACGAGCGGAGAUUUCGAGGAAAUAUUUGUCUUUGGGGAUCUCUUUCCUUGUUUUUCUGGUUGUUUGGUUUCUUGGUGCAAUGGUUUUUUUCUUUUCCGAGGCAGAUAGUCAAAACUGGAAAUACGGAACCUCGCUGUAUUUUACAUAUACCACCCUCUUGACUAUCGGCUAUGGCGAUCUCUACCCCGAAUCAAAUUUGGGGAAACCUUUCUUCGUCCUAUGGACGCUCAUCGCUGUCCCUUCCGUCACCAUACUCAUAUCCAACAUGGGAGACACAGUCGUCGCCUGGGUUCAAAAAGGUACGAUGUGGCUAGGACAAAGGACGAUCCUCCCCGAACGGUCUCUCAGAAGCGAUACGGACACCAGAAGCAAUCCCACCGACUCCCGCCGUACUCGUAUUCGUACCCGUCUUCGUCAAAAAGGAUUCUGGCCUCUCAAAUCUCCGGAAAAUGUAGAAAAGGCAGUUCAUUCCGAGGAAGCCAGGGAGGUAGACGAAGGUGCUGUACCAGACCCCAGUCGUACGCAAGCCAAUGGAGAAGGCGAGAACAAGGAAAUUCGAGGCGAUAUCGAAAAACUCGGAGAUGCAGUGGAGACAGUUGAAGCGGAGCGUGGACAGGGAGGUGGGAUCGCUGCACGGCUAGCCAGAGAGAUCAAGCUUGUCUCCAAGGAUCUUGGGAAGCAGCCGCCGAAGGAAUAUGAGUGGGAGGAUUGGAAAAGGUGGAUGAGGCUGUUGAGUGUUAGUAGUGAUGAUAACGAUGGUAGCAAUGGUCGUCGUGGCUUGGGUGGGCUGAAAUCCUUGAAAUCUCCGACUCGGAGUAUGGGUGCGCGCUCUCCGACUCACUCAGAUGCUUCAAGAUCGAGUGGAUGGAUUUGGUUAGGGGAUGAUGGGCCACUUUUUAGUCAGGAGAGUGAGGCAAACUGGAUACUUGGAAAGUUAUGUGACAGGCUAGAGCAGGUGCUAAUGAAAGAGGUUCUGAACGCAAGGACAGCUCACUAA